GAGCCUGAGCUGGAAUGCGGCGGCAAGCGCUGCGGCUACAGGAAGCGCUUGGGGACACGUGGUUGUCUUGUUGCGGACUUUGCCAACCCAGAGUUUGCGGGCAGAUCUCUUGACCAUGAGUGCCGCCGUCAGUUCGAUGGUCGGCCACAGGCGCUGGACAUAUGCCUUGUUCUUCUUGUGCGAGCACUCUGUGAUGUCCACAGAGUCCGAUGUCGUGAUCUACAGCGCUGGCAUGACCAGCUGCGAGGAGUGCCAGGAGUGGCGCUGGGCCCUGCAGCUUCUGAAGGCCUCAGACAAAGCUCUGGGGCCGGCCAACGACAUCGCUUUCAAUGCAGUCGUUGCCGCCUGCGAGCAAGGUGAGCGCGGGCAC